UCAAUAGGCCACCUGAGGUAGAGAAAGAGGUCAGUUGCCCGGGGCAAGGUGCCCAGGAGAGUUGGAUGACCAGAAGAAUCCUCGUGGCUCUUGAUUUUGACCAUACAAUAGUGGAGGAGAACAGUGAUAUUGUAGCUCGCAAGUUAAUCCAUUCAGAUUUAAUACCUGAUGGAGUACGGAGACUUUACCAGACAAAGGGAUGGACGGAAUACAUGUCAGAAAUUUUUAAGAUCCUCCACAAACAUAAAAUUAGCAAAGAAACAAUUGUUGAAGCCAUGCAUAACAUGACACCGACACAAAAAAUGCCAGAAUUUCUGAAAUGGUUGAACAAAGAAAACCAUGAGGCCAUUAUUAUUUCAGACUCAAAUUCAGUUUUUAUUGAUGUUUGGCUUCGACACCGAAAGCUCGAUGAAUACAUAGCUCGUGUUUUCACCAACCCAGCUAGUUUUAAUGAAGACGGCCUUCUCUUAAUAAAACCCUAUCAUGAACAGGACUCAUGCAAACUGAGUACAAGGAAUCUGUGCAAGGGAGCCAUUCUGGAGGCAUACAUAAAAGAGAGACAAGAGGAGGAAGUUUUAUUUGACAUGGUUGCCUAUGUUGGGGAUGGACAGAAUGACUUGUGUCCUGCGCUGCGACUAAGUAAAGAUGAUGUGGUGUUUCCUCGUAUUGGCUUUACUUUAGAUAAUAUUUUGAAAAAACCAAAAGAUGAGCAAAAAGUAAUCGCCAGAGUAAGACCAUGGAUUUCUGCUGCUGAAUUUAUUCCUGUUCUCCAAAAUUGAUUGUUUUUAUAAUGAACAUUAUGAGUUUUACAAACAAAUUAAUGUAAAACUGCCUUAAAUUGUACAUUCAGAAUUUUAGUUUUCAGCCUUCUAAAAAAAAUAAUUCUGACAGCUUUCUUAGUGUAUUUUUAAUGUAUGUAUUUGUGAAGUUUCUUAUGUCGUACAGAUUGUAUGUAAUAGUAUCAAACAAAAUGCUUUUAUAGACAUGUAGUAAAACAAGUUUUGCGGUCA